CUCCGUUGGCGGCUUUGGCAUUCGUUCGGAGAUUUUUCAUUGCUUGUGAUUCCUUUGCCUCUCAUUUUCCUUUUCGAGCCUUUACUUACUAUUAUCGGAUCUUCAACGAUCAGCUGGGCGUCGGGAGUCCGCCUACGCGCCUGUGGCGGCGGGCGGCAAUCCGGCUUCCUUAUUUCCUGGUUUAGUUCCCUUUAGUGUUAUUGCCUUUUAAGUUUCAGUUACGAGGGUUUGAGUUGUUUGUUUGUUUGUUCCUGUUUUAGUUUGUGUGUCUUAAAUUAAUUCUGCCUUUGCUUUAGUUAACGUUGAGAUAUUUGCCCCCCCCUCCAGUUAUUCUUGUUGUGUAAUUCCAUUUAGAUUGUUAAUCCUUUUGGUUACUUUGGUAGUUACCUAAUUAAUUUUAGAGCAAAGGUUUAAAGAUAUAAUAAGUAUUGUUUCUGUUAAUUUAACAACUAAGGUAUUCCAUUACUUUAAAAUUCAUUUACUAGUCGUUAUUUAUUCCGUUUAUUAGUGUUAAAAAUAUAAAUUACCCCCCCUUCCCACUUCCCUUUACCUUCAAUCCUUUUUCCACUUUCCCUUUGUAUAUAAUAAAUAAAUAAAUGUAUAAGUAAAUAAGUAAAUAAAUAAAAUAUAUAAAUAACCAAAGAGGUUGGGUUAAUUUAUUAGUUGUAGUGUUAUAGGCACUUGGUGUAUGCUAAUUAUUAUUAUAAUUUGUUGACUCCAUAAUUAGAUUAUAAUAGCAUUUUGGUCUUUUGUAUAAUAGUUGUUUAUUGUUACUUACAAAAUGCCUCCCAGGAAGGCUCAGCGGAAAAAAGGGGUGCGGGUGGUCAAGCAAACUACAAAGCGCCCUCUACCACAGGAGAACCUGUCUUCUGACAAAGAGGAGGAUUUUGGGACCAUCCGUGCCUUGGUGGCUAGGGUGGAGGCGUUGGAAAAGGAACGCAGACGUCCCCUGGAUGCUGAGACUGGCACAAGUACCGCUCCAGCAGGUAAGAAAUCUGCACGAUUGGCUUCCAAAAAGCCUAAAAAUCGUAUUCUUGCUGAUUUAGUUUCUAGAAUCGGGGUUCUGGAAGCUGUGGUACCCAGUGAGGAGCCAGCAAUCCGUACGCAUACUGCGUGUUUACCAGCUGAUCAAGCACCUAUUUUUGCUGUCACACCUUCAGUUCUGUCAGCUGCUGGGCAUAUGCGAAGUCAGCAGCCAGUUCCGCAUGAUGCUGCAGCGUUUACUCCAAUGGUUUCUGGGUUUGCAGCACCUUCUGUGAUUGCCUCUCCUUCGGCGUAUACAGGUUUGACAAACAUCCCAAUUCCCGUCAGGAUCGUCUUGUGUGGCCACUCAGUUGUGUUUUGGGCUCAUCGGAGGGCAUCCUCGUUUGUUUAUGGAACACAGCUGCAGCUUUCUGCCACAGCUAUGAUUCAGUGGGAAGCCCGGAGGGGCAUGUUAUGGGAUGCGUUGCUGCCUGCUGUGUGCCAGACAGGCCGCACAUAUUGUUAAUUCAUUUGGGUGAAAAUGAUUUGGUGCAGCGUCCUGGGUUGGAUUUGCUGCUAAAAGUUACGCGUGAUCUCACAUGGCUUAUUAGAUCAUAUCCCCAUCUUCUGCUUGUAUGGUCUGAAAUGCUUGUUAGAAGGGUUUGGAGGGGUGCUGUUCACCCCAAUAAGAUAGAUAGAGCUAGGAAAUGGGUCAAUAGGAAGGUUAGGGAUUUAGUUUUGUCUCUUGGUGGGGCAGUUAUUUCUCAUGAUAGGAUUAGGUUCCAUGCCCCACAUCUAUUUCGAGAUGAUGGUGUUCAUCUUUCUGAGCAAGGGUGUGACCUGUUUUUGGAGAAUCUUAUGGGGGGAUUAAGGGGAUUGUUAUCCUCAUUGGGUGGAGGGGACCAAGCUUAAGCUGAUCCCCUCUUGUGGCAUAGAAUUCAGGCAGGUGAGGUAUAUGGGGGUUAAAAUUAGGUGGUUAAGGCAUCAUGAAAAAGGGGCACUUCCUAGGGAACCAUCAGGGCUUUGUGUCCGGUGGGGAUCUGUGUUGUGUCCUUGUGGGACCGGCUUGCGCAUCAUGGUGAACGCCUGUACGGCGGGGCCAUGGUGUGGGGGUUGGAACCACACAGCUGGCUCCAGGAGCAAGGAGGGAGGAAUUCACCCACAUCCUUGACUAUGGAGUCAUGUGAUGAUGAGAAGUGAUGCCUUAAGAAGGUGAGGGUGUAAUCCCUCGUUGUUAGGUUUAGCCUCACCUGCCCGAAAAGAUAUAGAUUUGAAUAAUUGGCUGUAUUGCAUUGGAUUUAGGAUGUUAUAUUUUAAUAAAUAUAACAUUAUACCAGUUUGGUGUCAUGAGUCUUCUUUGUGUGGGGGCAAUGUCGUUCCUAAUUAGGGGCGUAUUUGCCCCCACCAUAAUUACAGGGAAGACUUGGGAACAUUCUCGAAUCAAGUGCUAGGAGCCACGUGAGAUCAAUCAUCCUAUCAGGGAGGACGCUGAGCAGCAGAUAUAAGGCUGCUCUGUUCUUCCCGCGCUUGCCUUUUUCGCCUCGCGGCACCCACCCUCCCUCCCUUGUCAGUAUGGGCUUUGCUGGUCGCCUGAAUGGGGCCGAGUAGGAAUUUUUUGGGGGGGAUCCUGAUUUCAGAAUCCCUUUGGUUUUGCCUACUCCAUACUGCUUGGGUUUAAUUCAAUUGGCUUCUCGGUUGGGUGGGACGCGUCUGCUUUGGCUGGCAUAGAAUUCAGGCAGGUGAGGUAUAUGGGGGUUAAAAUUAGGUGGUUAAGGCAUCAUGAAAAAGGGGCACUUCCUAGGGAACCAUCAGGGCUUUGUGUCCGGUGGGGAUCUGUGUUGUGUCCUUGUGGGACCGGCUUGCGCAUCAUGGUGAACGCCUGUACGGCGGGGCCAUGGUGUGGGGGUUGGAACCACACAGCUGGCUCCAGGAGCAAGGAGGGAGGAAUUCACCCACGUCCUUGACUAUGGAGUCACGUGAUGAUGAGAAGUGAUGCCUUAAGAAGGUGAGGGUGUAAUCCCUCGUUGUUAGGUUUAGCCUCACCUGCCCGAAAAGAUAUAGAUUUGAAUAAUUGGCUGUAUUGCAUUGGAUUUAGGAUGUUAUAUUUUAAUAAAUAUAACAUUAUACCAGUUUGGUG